GUCGUCGAUGUCGACCGCUUCUCGCCUGCACUGUAAUCGCUAAGGAAAAUUGGCAUCCGAGUUAUUAAGAUUAAUUUACUACCAUAUAAUGAACGCUUUCACGAGAAUAUCACUCUUAGCUUUCGCUAUUUGUAUUUCAACUUUUUGCCUAGCAGAAGCUUUGGUAAACGAGGAAUUGUGUACAGCAAUCAACGGUGAAAAGCGUAGUAUCUCGUGCUCUCGCGGCCAUAUCAUCAUUGUAAAAAGAGCUUUCUAUGGUCGAGAACGAGUGGGAAAUUGCGUGGAAGAGACGAUGGGUCAUAUUGGCUGUAGUGUCAAUGCUUUGGAAUACUAUCAGAAAAAAUGCAACGGGAACGCUACCUGUAAAUUUCUAAUUCCUGACGGUCACUUGGAAGGAAGGAAACCUUGCAAGAAUAACGAACUGAAAAAUUACCUGGAUAUUGGUUACGAUUGUGUAAAAGCAAUUCACAGGAAUAUUUGCCAUGGUUGCAAAAGAAACCCUUAUUAUCUCGAGCCGACUGGUGUACAAACAGCAAUACUUUCACCAAAAAAAAAUGAAGAAACAUGCUGCCCUAUAAUCUUCAAUACGAAAAUUGGUUUUCGAUUUGAGUUAUCUGUUGUGUCUAGAGCCAAACCAUGCAAUUUUAGAGUAUUAGAAGACAAUUGGCAGAAUGAAAAGGACGUCUGUGCCACUAGCUUUCUAUCUGUAUCUCAUAAAAUCACAGUAGUUAAGGAUUGGAACGUUACCAUCUUAUAUAGAGUAAUAAUGGCUUGUCCUAUAUCUCAAUUAACAUCAUUCAAGACUUAUAAUUAUGGUAACGGCUCUAUAAGACUGACUUGUAAUUCCAAUUCUCAUCAAACAACUGUCCACACUUGCUUUGCGACUGGCUGGAAACCCUCUCUUCCUAAUUGCUAUAAAGCUAGAUCUACCGAGUGGGAGAAGGCGUUCGACAGAGAUUUACCAGUGACACUGUCGCUAAUAGCAGGUGUCUUAAUAGCCUUCGUUAUUCCUCUAAUUGUUCUCUUUAUUGUCAAGAAAAGGAUGGAAAAGAAAGUAAGAAACACGGCUCCACCUACAGCCUAUUGUAGCCAUUACAGUCACGUUAGAACUCUGCCUCUCCCAUGUAAAGGAGAAGACGGGAGAAUUUAUUACGAUUUAGACAUAGAAAAUAGGCCGAAAAAUUGUCAAUAUGAGAAAUGUACAAAUCGAGACUUAUAGAACGUAAUUAUCUAAUUGAGAGUAUCAAAUUAAAACAUUUUUUUACAUUGAGACAAUUAAAAACCUAAGAUUGGUAAAUCAUACCAAUUUUAGAAUCAUUGGUUAAUGAAUAAUUUAUUGAUUUUAAAAAGGAAUUAAUCGAAGCUAACAACAUCUCAAGUGCUUUAGUAUUAUCUCUAAUAUCAAAUUUUAACUCAUUUCCUUAAAAAGAAAAGUAAAUAAUAAUCUUCUCAAUCAUUCUUUUCUAGCUCAUAGAUAAUGAUUAAAAAAAUGUUCAUUCCAUUUAAAGAAAUGAGUAACCUAAUGCUCAAGAUAAAGAUUUUCGUUUAACUAUAAUGCAGUAUAUACUGUAUAAAUAUUGUAUAUUGUAAA